AUGUACCAACAACCAAAUCAUUCAUAUAGUUCUACUGAUUCCUUUAAAAGAGUAUCUUCCAAUAAUCCAUUCAGACAAUCAUUGGAACUGCCAACGAAAGUUUCAACUACUAUUCGUCAACAAUAUACUUCCAAUUCCAAUCAUUCCAAUGGCUCUGGAUCUCAUUCUAAAGCCCAUAGACAUAAUACUCCUCCUAACUUUGAUGAUUGGGUUCUAAAGAAUAAGCAAUUACUUGACUUAUCCGAUGAAGAUGAUGAUGACGAUGACAAUUAUGGUCUUUCUGUCAAUCAUAGGGGUGAUAACUACAAUUAUAGAAAACCCAUUCCUCCUAAGCCAGUGAGAACUGGUAGUGAUAGUAGUAUUAACUACGGAAAGAAAUCUAAUAAUCCAUUUGCUGGAGCUUAUAGUGAAGAUGAACCAUCUUCUAAUAAUCGUGAAAAUACAGUAAGACGUCAUCCUACUCAGCCUAAUUCUCAAUCAAAAUCUCAAUCAAAGUCUCAAUCUCAAUCUCAUCAUCCUACUCAAAAACCUCCUAGUCGUCCUCCAAAACCUGAUAGUUUACCAUCUUAUGAAGAAGUAGCUGGUCCUGAAGCUGCUACAAAAGAUUAUCCUCGAGAAAAAUCAUCUUCAUCAUCUUCAAAUGCAAGCUCUUCUGGUUCAAGAAGUCAUAGACAUCAUAGUUCAGAAAGAAGUAAACCAUCUUCUGGUUCAAGACAUCAUAGUGGACAUAGAUCUUCAAGAAAUAGAUCACCAUCUAAAAAGAAACCAGCAGAACCUGUUAAAGCAAAGAAUUUGGAUACUAUUGAUAAAUUGGAUGUAACGGCAUUCUUUGGAGGAGGUUUCCAUCAUGAUGGACCAUUUGAUGCUUGUACACCUCAUCGAAAUAAAAAUUCAAAAGUUGCUCCAGUGGCUGCAUUCCCUAUUGAUGGACCAAAUAAUUCUAUUAAAGGAUUAGCUGGUAAUAUUGAUAAGAAUGAACAAAUGAAUUUAGCUUUUGGAACUUACGAAGAAGAUCAAAAUGAAAUUGUUGGAAGAAGAGGUCCUGCUGGUACAGAAUAUAUAUCACCUGGUAAUAGUAAUGUUGCUCGUAACGGUAGUCAUAAUAGCAAUAGUAAUAUCAAUAUUAAUCCUAUUAAUAAUAAUACAGAUAUGGCUAUACCUAGUUUUAAAAUUAAUUCUGGUUCAACUAUUUAUACAAAUCCAUCAGUGGUUGAUUUUAAUGCUAAUAUUAAAGCAGAACCAAUUCAUGGAGAAAUUUCUCAAGGUCUUGGAUCAACUACUUUCUUGGAUGGAGCUCCAGCUUCAAGAGCAGCUGAAACUCAAGAAUAUUAUGCUAGCGUUAAUGGUAUUGGUAGAAAGAAAUCAAUUGUACAAAGAUUAAGAAAAAAUAGUGCUACAAGUGAAAAUAGUUCUCGAAGAAAUUCGAAUGAUUCUACAGAUAUUACUAGAAAGGGAUCAUUUAAUCAGAAUACUAACACCAAGAGCUUAAGUACAGACGAAUUAAAACCUUCGUCAACAUCAGGAAGUGGUAAUGGAGCUUCUUCCUUGAUUAGAAGAGUUAAAAGUUUAAAAGUUAGACGUUAA